AUGACCUCUUCCACGGCGCGUGUCCUGCCGGGCCUGAGGACCUCUUCCACGGCGCGUGUCCUGCCGCGCCUGAGGACCUCUUCCACGGUGCGUGUCCUGCCGGGCCUGAGGACCUCUUAUACUUGCGCGUGUCCUGCCGGGCCUGAUGACCUCUUCCACGGCGCGUGUCCUGCCGGGCCUGAGGACCUCUUCCACGGCGCGUGUCCUGCCGCGCCUGAGGACCUCUUCCACGGCGCGUGUCCUGCCGGACCUGAGGACCUCUUCCACGGCGCGUGUCCUGCCGCGCCUGAGGACCUCUUCCACGGCGCGUGUCCUGCCGGGCCUGAGGACCUCUUCCACGGCGCGUGUCCUGCCGGGCCUGAUGACCUCUUCCACGGCGCGUGUCCUGCCGGGCCUGAGGACCUCUUCCACGGCGCGUGUCCUGCCGGACCUGAGGACCUCUUCCACGGCGCGUGUCCUGCCGGGCCUGAGGACCUCUUCCACGGCGCGUGUCCUGCCGGGCCUGAUGACCUCUUCCACGGCGCGUGUCCUGCCGGGCCUGAGGACCUCUUCCACGGCGCGUGUCCUGCCGCGCCUGAGGACCUCUUCCACGGCGCGUGUCCUGCCGGACCUGAGGACCUCUUCCACGGCGCGUGUCCUGCCGCGCCUGAGGACCUCUUCCACGGCGCGUGUCCUGCAGGGCCUGAGGAAUUCUUCCACGGCGCGUGUCCUGCCGCGCCUGAGGACCUCUUCCACGGCGCGUGUCCUGCCGCGCCUGAAGACCUCUGCCACGUGCACGUGUCCUGCCGCGACUGA